AUGUGUGGACAGACUGUCAUGGUCUACGAGUGCCGCUGUGGUCAAAUUUCUAGAGAGAAGAUGCCGCCACGCAUCUGCAGGCUAGCUUGCGAGGUUCAGCAGAGUCCUCUGACGAUUCAUCUCUAUCGGCCGUGUCAAAAGUGUCGCAACGCCAAUCCAAACAUGUCUCCGUACCUUCAUCGAGAGUCUGCAAAUCCGACAGAGCUUCGCAAUAAGCCACUCCCAGGUAUCCCAGGUCCUGGACUAGCAGAGGGACCGCCACCGAGCUACGAACACGUCUGUGAACACGUGCCGACUUAUACUCGGGCUGCUGCUGAAGAGCGACCGGUCGCCUUUGACGAUGUGAUGUCCGCUCUCCUCAAUUUUAACCCAGGCCAGGUCGUGAGCUCUUGGCACGCGUUCCGAGCAUUGCAACUCUCGCUUCUAUCUCCUCUUUGUGCGCAAGUUCAAGAUCUCCAGCGUCGAAUUACUAGGAUUAGACCUCGAGUCCACCGACUUGAAGACAUUGGCCAGUGUGAUGAGAUAAUUAUCAGGCUAGCUCGCGAGCAGAAAGUGCUCGAUACUGCACUUCAGUGGGGGCAAAGACACCUCGAUGCUGCACUUGUCCUGAAAUAUGGUUUAGACAAAUCUCGUGACGCUGCAGACCAAGCUGCUCGAGCAGGAAAUCACAUCGAGGCCACCUCCCACGUCCGAGCUGCCGCUGAGCACGCCGACAAACUUCUUGAAGUUUCAAUACAGCUGUCGAGGCCAGGCCGCCAGCCUCAACCCUUGCACACAAGUAUAAAGACGCAGCUUGAUGUACUUCAGACAGUCAUCCAAACUCUAGGAUCAAGGGCGGCAUCGAGGGUAUGGGCUUUUGUGCAAAUUGUCUCUCGCUCCAACUACGAAGUCCACUACUAA